GUCAUAUUUGUCAGUCUGUCAGUGUCACAAUCGUAACACGAAUAAAGUAGGUAUCUACCUAUAUUGAUACAUACUAUUUAGUUUGUGGUUUUGUGAAUUCUAUUAAAAAGGAAGGAAUGUAAGAUAGAGUUUUAAUAAAUCCCUUUGAAAUCUUUCAUUUGAAUUGGCUAAUUACUGAAGAUAUGGAGACAUAUGAAAGCGUAUUGCUUGUUAAGAAUGAAGUGUUUGUAUUUAAAAUACCUCCGAAAACUUCUAACAGAGGAUACAGGGCAGCAGAUUGGAACUUACAAGAACCACAAUGGACUGGGCGUAUGAGACUUGUGGCGAAAGGAGACGAAUUAAUCAUGAAACUAGAGGAUAAGGCCUCUGGUGAACUUUUUGCCAAAUGUCCAAUUGAUAAAUACCCUGGACUGGCACUUGAAUCAGUGACAGACAGCUCAAGAUAUUUUGUCGUAAGGAUUCAGGAUGAUAAUGGCAGGACUGCAUACAUUGGUUUGGGAUUUGGUGAUAGAUCAGAUUCUUUUGAUCUAAAUGUGGCAUUACAAGACCAUUUCAAGUGGCUAAGAAAAGAACAUGAAAAUGAACAUGCACCACAACAACAAUUAGAUCUUGGAUUUAAAGAAGGAGAGACCAUAAAAAUCAAUAUGAAAAUAACUAAAAAAGACGGGAGUGAAGGCAGCAAACCGCGACGCGGAGUGGGCGCCGGCGCCGGAGGAGGCCUGUUGCCUCCGCCGCCGGGAGGUUCCCGGCUGCCACCACCACCUUCGCCACAGCAUGCACCUUCUCCUUCUACUACUGUUCCGCCUGGUGCCGCCAACUCUGAGUGGGGAGACUAUAACUCGGCCGACGCGUCAAAUCAGCCUCCGAUAACUCCUGCCAGUCAGCAAAACUGGGUGCAAUUCUGAAUUUAAAACAUGAAGACGUGAUUUGGUAUCUGUUAGUUUAUGUAGCAUACUAGCGACAGUAAGUAACUCUAUGACACUUUAUUCGGAAAGUCGAAUGUCGUUUAUGUAGGUAAUUUCUUUUUUAUUUAAUUCAGUUAUUUCAUUGUUGAAAUUUGCACGGGCAUAGAUAAAAAUCUAUAAUGCGAAGCUUAUUAAAUUCUACAUAUAAAAAGAAUUGCAGAAUUGUGUGAAAUUAACCAAUUAUAAUGCUUCAUUCCAAACAUAGGCUGAUUGGUCAGUUUCUUUACGUUUCACUGGCCUCUUUGCUUCUGGGUGGUACCCAAACCUUUUUAUUGUAAUAUUAUUAUAAUAAAUAAUAUAGAUAGAUUGGAUCAACGAAAAAUUUGCCUGAUUAGUAUUUUGAAUAAUAAAACAAAUAAUUGGGUCACUGUGAUUUUAGUCGGCGCACGCACCCUGGUGGGAUUUUUUGAACGUCGGUGUUGGGUUUAGCACAAUAUUUAAAUACUUACUUACAUUGUAUACUUAAAAAUGUUAAGAGUAGCAUAUCAUUGCUCGUAUUAUAUUAAGUUGUGUUCAUCUAUUAAGAAUUUUUAGCAUAAUAAUUGUUAUGUAUAAAUAUUCCUUAGAUACCAGAUCACAAGAUAUAUAUUGAGAAUUAUUCCUGCAAUAAUAUCUAUAUCUGUAUGUUGCAUAACUUGUAUGUAUAUGUUGUACCACUUGUAUAAUUAGUAUUAAUCACUAUACUUAUUAUAAUAGAUAAAGAAAGUAGAAUAUUUUCGGCUCUACUAAGUAUAUGAUAUUGUUGUUAAUGUAUGUUGUUACAGGCAUGUCAUAGAAAGUUCUAUGUAAAUAGAUUAUAUAUCUGAAUAUGAGUGUACUAGGAGUUGAGUUAUUAUGUACAAAUAUUCACACUGUUUUGCUUAUAUUCAAAAGAUCUGUAUUUUGAUGUUCUUGGCAGUGUAACAAAAUAAAGGCAUGAACUUAUGAAA